GUCGUCGUCGGUAUCGCUUCCGUUCCCUUUCGUUCUCUGUGUAAAACUCGGUCCAUCGCCACUCCGUCGAUAGCGUAGCAUGUGCCCACCAGUUCACAGUCACGUAUACGUUUACCUGCUGCACCACCAGCCCCACAAUAAACUCGUUUCGUACGGCUACCGUUAGGGCUGCGCGGGUAACACUGUGUCCUGUGAAAUUGUUCCGGUGAUCGCCUGUAACGGGUGGGCGACGAGUUCGCACGUGGCCACGAGAGUGUAUAGCGUGCACGCGUGUUCCUGCAACGUCGAGCCACGUACCUAUUUUCCGUCCCGAUAUAUCGGGUGCCCAGACGAUCAGACGAACAGAGGGGCGUGUGUGGAGAUCAAAGGAGGUGUGCUAGCGGCGGCGACAGCUUCUCUUGGUCCGCGGUGGCAACGGCGGCACGAAAAAGAUAUUACGAGUGAACGGAACGGAAAGAUCGGGAACGAGAUAGUAUACGAAAUUGCGAGAGCAGACCGAGAGGGACAGCACAGCGGCCGAGGCAAGGAGAGAGAGAGAGAAAGAGAGAAAGACGGAUAUAGAAAUAUCACCAGUUUCGACGAGCAGCAGCAGCCACCAGCCUCCUAGCAAGAUGAGCUGCUGCACGAGCGCGCCGAUCGUAACCCAAACCUGUGAGACAAUGCUGAGCAAAUGCGAGGUGCCGAUCAUCGACCUCGCUCACAUGGGGACAGAGAGAUGUCCUCAGAAGGGUGUCGUGAAGCAGGUGGCUUCGAAGCUGGUAAGGGCGCUGUCCGAGAAAGGACUGGCCUUGCUCGUCAACCACGGCAUUCCGGAAUGCAAGAUGAAGGCCGCUUACAGGGCUCUCGACGCGUUCUGCGAGCUACCAGAUGAAACCAGGGCCAAGUACGCGCGGGACCCGUCUGGCAAUCAUGGCUACAUAAAACCUGGACCAUCCACGUACACGGACGAAAAGGAGGCCAGACAUGUUUUCAAUGUGUCCGGAACCGGAGAAGUCGUCCCGGAGGAGGAAGUGCCCGGUUUCCGAUCGGCGGUCGACGAACUCGCGCGGGACUUCAAGCAGCUGUCCGCCAUGCUUUUGACCGCUCUGGCCGUGGGCCUAGAGCAAUCACCUGACUUCCUGCUCACGAAGCAUUCGCGAAUGCUGGAAACUGGUAACGAGUCCAUCCUUCGUCUACUUUAUUAUCCACCCCUUGGCGCACCAGUGCCAGGACUGGCUCGUUGUGGCGCUCACUGCGACUACGGCACUCUCACCUUACUAGCGCAGGAUUGUGAAGGAGGUCUGGAAAUACAAACGCCAUACGGUGAACGGUGGGGACGUGUCGGUCAUCUUCCGGGCGCCAUUUUGGUGAACACCGGCGACAUCUUGGCGAGCUGGACUAAUAAUCAACUCCCAGCGUUGCGACACCGUGUCGUUGUACCGGAACACUGUGGACGAGGUCGUCAUUCCAUCGCCUACUUCGUGCACCCAGACGACAAUACUCUUAUCGAACCCUUGGACACCAAAAUCACGAAACCGAAUCAGGAACCAGCGCCGUGUCGUUUGCAGAAAAAGAAACGAGGAGUACUGACAGCGUACCAACACCUGCAACGUCGUCUCCGAGAAACUUAUGCUUCUUAAUGCUGUUAACACAAUUAUAACCAUUUUUCCCCUCUCCCAUUCCCUAGAACCAAAAUGGUCCUAGUAUCAUUUGUCAUUAAUCAUCGAAAACGAAACGCACGCGGCAAUGGACGAAUUUAUCAGAUUCUAAUGAUGUUCGUCUGACAAUGAAAAUUGGUACCAGAAGAAGAACGGGUAAGAUCGUCCAUUCCUUCUAAAACGGAUGUAGUCCAUACCGUUCCGAACGAGGCAGAAUUCCAUUGGUGACAUUUAAGAACUGCGAUAUGUUGCAUCACAAUGGCUAUUAAUAAAGAAAUUUGUACUUACACUUUGUAAAAAGGCAUUUUACACGAGUUGGUUUAGCUUUCCCGAGUAUAAGGA